UCAUGACCGGAUGUUGAUAGUAGCAGUGAGCUGCACGACGCAAGCAGGAACAGCUGGAAAAGAACAACAAAGCCACGACCAACGACGACGAUCCCCACAACGGCGCAGUGACACGAAAAUAUAACAACUUUAUUGUUGACAUCGUUUCAGGCAAAACAAGUAUUAGACUCGGGAAGUCAUUCGACAAGUACCCAACGCCUUCUAAGUUUCUACAAGUGUGUGCCAUUGGAACUCCAUGUAUUCUCAAACAAAACAAAACGACACAGCUGCCAUCUACUGUCAAGUAUUUUCAUGACAAGUAUUUUUGACAAUAAAUAGAGUGAGACCCACUCAAGCGGACAGGACAAUGGGGCGCAUCUUCCUCGACCACAUCGGUGGAACACGCCUCUUCUCCUGUGCCAACUGUGACACCAUCCUCACCAAUCGAUCGGAGCUCAUCUCCACACGCUUCACCGGGGCCACCGGCAGAGCCUUCCUCUUUAAUAAGGUGGUGAACCUGCAGUACAGCGAGGUGCAGGACCGAGUCAUGCUCACGGGCAGGCACAUGGUGAGGGACGUGAGCUGCAAGAACUGCAACAGCAAGCUGGGCUGGAUCUACGAGUUCGCCACGGAGGACAGCCAGCGCUACAAGGAAGGCCGCGUGAUCCUGGAGCGGGCCCUGGUCCGCGAGAGCGAAGGCUUCGAGGAGCAUGUCCCGUCUGACAACUCGUGAGGCCCCGCAGCCCUUUGACAGAACGCCGGAGAAGAACUCACUCCUCCUGUUUACCUCCCACCCCUUCUAGCACCACCGUCCUCCCUUUGCCUCCGCGCCCCGAACGUCGCCGUUCUGCAGACUUAGUGGUCGACGAUGUCUUGGCGCCACACACACACGCCUCCUCUUCCUCCACCUCUUCUACCCUUGUCUAGGACCGAUGACUCCAGCAGAGCGGAACACUGGUUGGCAAGUUACAAUUUUCUGAAACUAAUUUACGGAGAAUACGACUUGUUUUUAAGUGCGCGUCCACACAGAAUACCAACACUGCACUAUGCACCACAUUUGUUACAGUGUACUCAAAUGCAUGUGUAAUUGCAGCCCGAUGAUGAUCCAUCUCGUCACGUCAGCACCACCUUUUGGGAUAGAUAAAGAGAUUAAAACAGGAAACUACAAAGUAACUACUCAACAGUGUUAGAGCAAAUAUCCCAUUCUCUUAACACACACACAUUUCUGCUAUGCGUUGAGAAAUGUAAUACAGGGUCAGUAUCUACAGUCAUAUCACUUGAUAAUAUAAACAGCCUAUUUUCCUCACUUAAAACAGUAAUCACUGUAUGUGAUAAAUGCAAGAUGCAUUGACUGGCUUCACUUGAUGAGUUUCAUUGUUUAUAUGGUCAAAUGUGUAUGUUACUUUGCCCAUUCUUGUUUAAACUUCAGACUAUUCUGCAUGCCAAAUUUCAGUUAUUGCUGCAGUUCUUCUGUUUGGAUUUCUUAGCCACUGUGCGUGUGAGGUGGGAGGAGAAGUCUCUUUGAGGGGCUCUGUCUUUGGGAUCAUACGCUAUUCGGCCACUUUGUCUUGCAGUGUAAGGAGGGAAACAAAAUGUAUGUUGGGUCUGUUUUUGACAGACCCCCAUUCAACGACGUACUGGCUUAAACCAAAACAGCAUUAGGCCGUAAUAUUCAAUAUGGUUCCCUGGAGAAAACAGAACUGGAGUAUUACAAGUCAACUGGCUUUACAACAGAUGAGGCUAGGGGAGUAAUUACUUGCCUCUCUUGUACAAAAAGUGUCGCAAAAUUAAGAUUGUUAAAAGAAAAAAAAAAGAUUUCCAAGAGGAUGGGUGACUUUGUUUGGAACAUUUGACAAUGUUCAAUAUAUAUAUUUGAGAGAAUUUGUUAUAACUUAAUUUUUUAUAAUUUUAUUGAUAUAUUGUUGUUGUGUUAGUGUUCGUAGAAUGAUUAUUUUCCAGGAUGAUUACUGUUUAUAAUUUAGAUUUUAUCUAACAUUUUCUUGACAUUACGAUUUUAAGGCUUUUGCAGUAGUUCUGUUGUGAUUAUUUCAAAAUAAAGACAUCAGUAUUGCUGUG